AUGGACGUAUAUGUCCAGAUCAUGGGUCUGGACUCAGGAAAGACCUGCAGAGUCAAGGCGCUACUCAAUAGUGGUUGUAGUACCUGUUGCAUCGAUACUGACUAUGCACGGGCAGACAAACUGGAUAUCCAAGAAAUUCUGCAACCCAUUGUGGCUCGUAACGCCGACAACACCAAAAACAUCAGUGGUUGGAUCACGCACUACGUCAACUUAAGGAUAAGAAUCGGCCCUCAUGUGGAGACACGCACGUUCCUUCUGAUGUGUCUAGGGAAAGCCCGGAUCUUCAUCGGUCUUGACUGGCUGACGGAACACAACCCUGAGGUGGACUGGCAGGAGCAGACAAUGAGAUUCAGCCGAUGCCCAGAGCGGUGUCACAUGAGGGGUCACAAGUGGACUGCAAGGUGUACCCCUUAUCGCGGAACGAGCAGGUCAAGCUCGACGAGUUCUUGCAAGAGAACCUGGCCAGUGGACGGAUCAGGCCAUCAAAAUCACCCAUGGCGUCAGCAUUCUUCUUUGUCAAGAAAAAGGAUGGCUCGCUACGUCCCGUCCAAGAUUAUCGGGAGCUGA